ACGUAAACCAUCUAGUUCACGGUAUCAAGACCUGUACCAAGCUCAAGCUAACAUUGAGUAUAACACAGCGCCGAAAUCGCACACGGAGUUCGGGAUCUAAGAUCGGGUUUUUCACUAGUCGUGAAGCCUCUCCAGCCCCAAGCCAUCAUCCAUCUCCCACUCUUGCAGUUAUCAUUACUACUCUCUUACAUUUCCCAAUUGUUUGUUUCGUUCUCUCUUUCGCUGCUAUACCUUGGCAUCGCUUUACUCUACCUAUCAGCAGCGCUGUUCGUAAUUGGAACUGCUUGCUUCAUGAGCGAAUAGGGAAUCUAGCGGAGUUCGAAUUGUCUAAAUGAGGGACAAUCUGCUCUCAUUCAAAAUAGCUAGUAUUCGACCUGAGAUUUCAGUCCAAAACAGUCUUUUGGUUCCCUUCCACACGCCGUACACCAAGAAUACACUCAUCUACUCAACAUGGCAACCCUCAACAUCGUCGAAGCGUCAAUCGCUUCCCUUCAAACUGCUCUCACAUCUCGAUCUAUCACAGCUGUCUCUCUUGUUUCUCUCUAUCUCCUCCGAAUCGCCGCAUACGACACUAGGGGCCCAACACUCAACUCAAUUAUCCUGCUCAACCCAGACGUCUUCACCGAAGCAGCAGCCUCAGACACUCGCCGCGUGGCAGGAAAGACUCUUGGCCCCCUUGACGGGAUCCCGUAUACGGUGAAAGAUAGCUAUAAAGUCAAGGGUUUGACUGUAGCGAGUGGGAGUGAAGCGUUCAAAGAUUUAGUAGCGGGUGAAGAUGCGUUCACGGUGGCCAAGUUGAGGGAAGCAGGGGCGGUGUUGAUUGGGAAGACGAAUAUGCCACCUAUGGCAGCAGGAGGCAUGCAACGCGGCGUCUACGGACGGUCGGAAUCUCCAUACAAUGCAAACUACCUUCCAGCAGCCUACGCAUCCGGCUCUUCAAAUGGUUCGGCAGUAUCAACCGCCGCCUCGUUUUGCGCCUUUGGCAUGGCUGAAGAGACGGUCUCCUCUGGACGAUCACCUGCUUCAAAUAAUAGCUUAGUCGCCUACACGCCAUCUCGUGGCAUCAUCUCCAUCCGAGGAAACUGGCCUUUAUAUCCAACAUGUGAUGUCAUUGUACCGCACACAAGGACUGUCGAGGAUUUAUUGACAUUGCUGGAUGUACUUGUUGUGGAGGAUGAGGUUUUAGAAGGCGAUUUCUGGCGUACUCAACAAUUUGUGAAGAUUCCGACACCAAAGAGUAUUCGACCAGCUUCGGGGACAUUUCUCACUUUGCAGGAACCAAGGACGCUAAAAGGCAUGAAAAUCGGCGUGCCAAAAAUGUACAUUAGGUUACAAGACACUUCUCCCACCGCCCGUCUAGUGCACACUCACCCGGACGUCCUCAAGCUCUGGGAAACUGCAAAUGCCACACUCGAAUCCCUUGGUGCGACUGUCAUCCCGGUGGACUUCCCCCUCGUAACAAACUAUGAAGAUCAUGGACUGGAGACAACGAUGAAUGUUCCUGGCGUUCCUGAAGACUGGGCAUUGCAUGAACGCAGUACACUUCUCGCUUAUGCCUGGGCGGAUUUCCUCGCUUCGAAUGGCGAUGCUACUAUUCCUUCAGCGAAGCAAGUCGAUACGAGUAAGAUAUUCCCUAGAAAUAUCGAAGAAGUCCAGUGGAAGUACAGCGAAAUCGCCAAUCUCGUCGGCUAUGACGGCAUUUUCUCCUCACUCGACUCUCGAAAGGCAGGAGAAGCUGUGCACGAUAUUCCUGGGUGUGAGCAGGCGCUACUCGCUCUCGAAGCAACACGGAAGCGCGACCUAGAAGACUGGAUGCUCAAUCUCGGGCUCGACCUUGUCGUCUUCCCUGCCAAUGGCGAUGUCUGUAAAGCAAAUUCCGACACCAAUGACGAAUCAGCUAAAUACUCUUGGCUUAAUGGUGUGAAGUAUUCGAAUGGUAAUCGGGCGCUGAGACAUCUGGGUGUGCCGAGUGUGACUGUGCCGAUGGGUAAGAUGGAGGGCAGUGGGAUGCCGGUGGGGUUGACGUUUUUGGGGAAGGCUUAUAGUGAUGCAGAGAUCUUGAGUGUGGCGGGGGCGUUUGAGAUGGAGGCGGGAAGGAGGGGAGAAGGGAGGGUGGUGCCGGGGAGGACGCCAUCGCUUGGAAGUGAUGAGAUUAUCCUACAGACUGGAGAAGGUGCUGGAACUGGAGGAGGUGGAGAGGUACCCGUGUUAGAGAUCCCACACGCAUCUGUCCGGACUUCGAAUUCUAGCUCUCAAUCUCCCAAGCUCUUAGUCAAGCUUACCGGUACAGCCACCUUACCAGCUGCCUCCUCAGCCAUCUCAUCUCCUCCACAAUCAGCUAUCCAACUCGAAAUCCACGUCGACGGCCAGAUAUACCCCAACAUACCCAUCGACUCACACGGCACCUGGUCCUUGGAGAAGGAAAUACCGGAACCUCCUGAGAUAGAAGAGAAUUCAAGACGAAAGCGAGGGUACCGAGAGAUGGUGUGAUGGUUGUUGUGCUUGCUAAAUGCGGAGAGAGUGGGAGAGAGGCUGGACUCGUGAGAGUUUUGGAUCCGAGUAUUUCACAAUAAGAACUAAGAUAUAAUAGCUUGAGGUUCUUAUGACGGGCAUCUCAGGAAUGGUGGUCGUACUCCCGCUCUUUUCAUGACAGGGUUCUGGUUCGGUUAAAUACCUGCAUUGGGUUAGCGUAUCUAAUAACAACAAACUCUGCUGCCAACUUGGUAUUCUCCCUUUCCAUAUGGAAGGAUUGAUUCUGAUAGCCUGUAGAAAUCUCCGAAAUGAGUUGACUGCAGUGAAUUGGCUUAUCCUUGUACUUUUCAUUCCCUAGUUGUGACAGCUGAAUCCAAUGACAACUUCAAAUACUUCAAAAAUGUCGCGGUAGAUCUCGAGAGAGCUUUCGGUCCGCGCAGAGAUGUUGGCCUUUUUGACGUCUUGCAAGGGCGGAGAUACUGGCUCAAUGCAUUUGGCAAGACUAGAAUCCUACAUAACCGUCUCAAGGACAGAGUGAAGGACGAGCUGGUCGCACUUGAUCCAGGAGGACAGCUUCCCCAAAUCCAGCCCCCACUAUAUGUAGGACUUGGUCACAAUCUUGCUCAGCGGAUGCGGGAUCAUAAUCCAGACUCUGGGCUUCACAAUACAUCCAAAGCACGGGGCCUCAUCUUGAGUUGCAUGAAGUCUUUGGAUUUCCCAUUCAGCCCUCUGGCCAUACUUAUACUCAAGAUAUGGGGAAAUGAUACUAUUCUCAAAGGAGAGGCUCUUAUAUCAAUGCUCUCCGGAUCCUCGGUCUAAGAUGACGGCUAUGCUUCCCUAACAGGGACCGACAUCAGCGGAACUUUCGAUUCAUGCGACGAAGAAGAAGAAGAGGUGUUCAGAGACAAUGAAUGGAUGAACGAGAAUUUGAUAGCAGCCAGCAAAGAGAUCAAGGACAGGAUCGAAUGCUUACAAACAGCUUUACAGUUUGAUUCGAAUCUUAUCGAACCGAGGAUUAGGAAUAUUGGCGUGGAGGUGUCUCACUUGAUAGAGUACAGAGAGAAGCUGGACAGUAAUCUCAAAGUUGCUGCCGAGGAAGAGAAGUCAAGAAGAGACAUGGUGGCAUCCAACUUGCAAGAACUCAAUGAAUCCGUCGCUCGGAUGCGACGAUAGGCGACCUACCAUGACUUCAUUACAGCGUGGCUGGAGGAUUAGAGUCCACCAUCGGGCCCAACCCAACAGGGCGGCACGCGAUAGCUCGACACGGUUUGGCACUCAGGAUUUACGCGGACCACAGCUGCACAACUAGAAAGAAAGCAG